GAUCAGGCAUGCUCCUUCUUGAAACAAUGUCUUAUUUUUAUGUGAUUGGUGCAGUGCCAUGUCAAGCCUUCAGAAAUUAAAUGACAAUUCUCUGAAAGUCCAUGGCACAAAGCCAUCCUUGCAUUCAGGGCAGACUAUAGUGUCAUCUGGCAUACCAUCUCUAGAUCAUGUUAUUGAUGGAGGCAUACCACUUGGAUCACUGGUUAUUAUUGAGGAGGACCAGUACGGUGACUACGCCCACCUGGUGCUCAGCUACUUCAUGUCGGAGGCCGUCUGCAACUGGCACAGACUGCUGGCGGCCAGCCUGGACGCCGACCCUUCCAAAAUGAUCCUGGAGCUGCCCUCACCGGCUGAUGGCGAGGUGACGGCCGUUCGACCGCCAGCCGACGCCGCCGACCAGAGGAUGACGAUCGCCUGGAGGUACCAGGGCCUGCCGCAGCAGCAGGCGCCCGCCGCCGGCAGGUUUGGCCAGCAUUACGAUCUCAGUCGGUACAUUGAGAAGUCAGCCAUCGAUGCCAUGGAUAUAUCGCUAUGGCCUGAGGAAGAACCUCCCGGUAAUGACUACGCGGCCGCCUCUGACCGUCUCGGUUCCCUGCUGGCCGCCUGUGACCGGCUGGCGUCCGGUGCCGAGCCCGACACGGGCCCCACGGUCCGCCGGCUGGCGGUCCGCUCGCUGGGCUCUCCGCUGUGGUCGGCGCCACCCGAGCGGGUGGUGCGCGCGUGCCACUUACUCAGGGCGCUACUGAGGGUCACCGGCGCUGUGGCCAUGGUCACCGUGCCCACACAUCUCUGGACGGACGAGGCGCUGGUGGCGCGGCUGCGGCGGUGCGCCGACAUCUCUAUCGGCCUGGAGUCGUUCCAGGGAACUCCGGCGGCCGAGAGCCCGGCCUUCAGCGAGUACCACGGUCUGGUACAUGUCCACAGACUGUCGGCCCGUAACGUCCUGGCUGCCCGCUACCCGCGGCACCCCGACCUCGCCUUCAAGGUCCGGCGGAAAAAGUUUUCAGUUGAGACUCUACACCUGCCACCUGAGCUCUCAGAGACAGCCAGCCGGUCUCAGGAGGAUGACUCGGCACCGGCUCGGAAGGGCCGACCGAGCGCCGGGUGCCAGGCUGCCCGACCCGGCGCGCCGCUCGACUUCUGAGAGGGACCGAACGGAUCACUGAAAAAGGCAGGCUCGGACCCGCCGGUCGCGAUGGGGGAGGGGACUCGUGGUGGGGUAAUGUGCCGAUCAUCGUGUCAGCUGUAUUGCUGUGCUCUUUUUGGGAUCUUGUAUGACCAUUACACAGCGCCUUGUGAUAAGAUAAUAUAUUGUAAAGCACUUGACAA